CGUCACUGAUAGCGCUUCUUCAUGCAGAAAAACAUGGCGUUACAAUUUCUGCGUUACCUUUGUGGAUACAUAAGUAAAGCAGUUUUUAAGGAGUAAAGUAGGUCGAUUUUUCUUAGAAAUGGCCAGAGACGAUUUCCCUAUGCUUCAAAAUACUUUUGGAAUGGCUCAGUUUGAUGGAACAAGAUGGAGGGAUCCUGCUACUUCGAGGGAUACUCAUGGAAACCAGGCUGGAACAGCUGGCAUGUCUCGCCUCGAUGCCUCGCCCAAGAGCCCGUCGAGUGAGACCAUACAUUCGGGUCAUUUUAUGGUCAGCAACCCGCACAAAGUGAAAAAGAGCGGCGGCUACAAUUUUGACGAUGCGACCAAGGAAACAACGAUAAACUACUCUUUUUCGGGGGAUGACAGGCAGCUGGAAAUAGAUUCUUCUUUUGCUAAGCUUUUCGAAUGCAUGAGCUUGGCUUAUCAUGAAUGCGUCAUAGUGUCACCAAAAUGGAAGACUUUUAAAGGACUGAAAUUGACUUGGAAGGACAAGAUUCGACUCAACAAUGCCAUUUGGAGAGAGUGGCAUAACCAGUUUAUCUUGGGAAGGAGACCCCUUAUUUGUCAGUUUUCUUCUCCGCUGAUUGAUAGCUACACUGCCCCACAGGCUGUGAUUCUGGAAGGCAAGUACUGGAAGCGAACCCUUUGUGCAGUCGUCAAGGAGUACCAAAAAUGGCGGGUUUUCUACAAGAAGAAGCUCAGCCAUGCAGGACUACUGGAAGAAGGGAGUCUGGAAGACCUGCUGAAUCGGGAGCAGGAGCAGUUCCAGAGCCUGAGCAAGACCUUCCUGGACACCAGCUCGGACGAAGGGACACCCAUGGUCCUGGACGAAGAGACGCUCCUCUCCGAGUUCUCGGAUACCCUCUUCACCAGCCUCAACCCAAACUUCCCCUUCCCGAACCCCAAGGAAAUGGCUCAUGCUGGUAUGAAUGCAGACAUCAUUCAGCCUGGCUUGGUUCAGCUGCAGCCGUCACUGGAUGAUAUGAUGGAUACUUUCGAGCCUUUACCAGAAAUGUUAAAGACCGUUUAUCCUUCCCCUGCUCCAUCAAACACCUACAUAUUUACCGGUCAACAAACUCAGACGCAGCUCCUUCAACAGAACUCCCAGAGUGUUGACAGCAUGAUGUCAUCUUUUCAGACUACUCCAACGAUGACAGGAGAGGAGUCUGUUGGUAUGGUGCCUAUGGAUGAUCUUCAACUUGUUGCCGGAACCAGCGGAAUGAAUCAGCAACAGCAGCAACCAAUGUUGCAGCAUAUCCAGCCAUCCCAGCCUCAGCAACAAAUGCUUCAACCGCUUCAGCAGACCUUGGAGACCCAGAACACCAUGUCCUCUUUCAACUUGGCUGGGAUGCAGCAGCAGGUCCAAGUAGGAGAUUUGAAUCUCAGCAAUGGCAAUCUGAUCUUGAACCCUCUUCCUGGGAAUACCAACCAGGUCGGACUGGCUUCUCAGGGCCAGCAGAACAUUUUUAGUGCGCAGCCUCCACAGAACACUAUCCUUGAGCAGCUUGGUGCUUUGGGCGGUGGGCUGCAGUUGACCGACUUACAGAAUACUGUCCUGCAACAGCUUUUGCAGCAACAACAGCAACAGCAGCAGCAACAACAACAACAGAAACAACAACAACAGCAGCAGCAACAGCAGCAGCAACAGCUGCAACAACAGCAGCCACAGCAGCAACAGAACGAGGUGAUCAACCAAUACUUGCCUCUGCAGGUACAGAUCAACCAAAUCAGUCCUCAGUUUCCCAUGCAACAGCAGGCUAAUGAUCCAUCGACCAGCCAAGCUGCAGCAAGGAGUAGCAAGCUGCAGACUGUUACCCCUAUAACCUUACAGACUGUAAACACCAUGAACCAGCAACAGCAGCAGAAACCCCAAUCAAGGACAGCAUCAAUGCAGAGAAGUAACAGUUUACCAACAAAUAGCUUUAAGACUCAUAACCUGACACAGGAUUGUCAGUUGCUGCAGGGCAGUCAGAAUGGAAGUAUGCUCCAGGGAGGCAACACGGCACAGAUAUUGCAAUUGCCACAGCAGCAACAGCAAGGACAACCCCAAACACCGGGUGUGUUUGCCAGUGUGAAUAACGAGACGCAGGCUAAAGCUCGACAGCUUCUGAACACGCUCACAUCCACCCUGGCCCAGGUUCAGAAGCAGCAGCAGCAGCAGCAGGCUCAGGGGUUGAGUGGAUCCCUCAAUGUCACGGGUCUGACCGUCCAACAGACACAGGCACUCAAGUUGUUGCAGGAGGUUGCCAAACAUGUCUCUGCUGGUGAGCUCUUGCAAAAUAGUCAGCAGCAGCAGCAACAACAACAGCAGCAACAGCAGCAGCAGCAGCAGCAGCAACAACAACAAAAACAACAACAACAACAACAACUUGAACAACAAAAGCAACAGCAACAGUUGCAGCAAAAGCAGCAGCAGGCCCAGCAGAGGCGACAAAGGAAAAAUAAUCAGCGACAGCAAAAGUUGAUUCAGCAGCAGCAGCAACAACAGCAACAGCAGCAGCAACUACAACAACAGCAGCAGCAGCAACAAAAGCAACAACAACAGCAACAACAACAGCAACAAAUGCAGCAGCAGAGAUUACAACAACAGCCCCAACAACAGCAUACCCUUCUGCAGGGUAUGACUACAUCUGGAAGAGACAAUAAACCUGUUCUUACCCAAAUUCUUGGUCGCAAUUUCAUUGCUACCACAGGACUCUCUCAAAUGGCUACCAUUUCUGGUUCAAAAAACUUUCUAAACCAGCCAACCACUUUUGCACAAACCCAAUCUCUGGCACAGCAACUGCAGCAGCAGCAGCAACAACCACAACAAGAUGGGCAGGUCCAAACGUUACAAACGAUUCAGUUCACUACUGGACAGCCUACAAUCUCACUGGCAAAUCCCAUCACCAUCACCUCCCUGCAACCAAACGCGUCUCCCUCACCAGACCUGAACAACGCCGACACUAGAUCCAAGACCACCUUUAAGCUCCAGACCAAGCCUGUAGCAGGAGUUGGUCUGAAGCAAGCUACCAAGCCUAAGCAAGUCAUCAAGCCCAAGAUACCGGCCAAGAUUGCACCGGCACCGCCAGCUCCUGAACCAGCACCGGUUAUGGUUAUGGCCAAGAGUGAAAUUGGAAAGACCAGUACUUCAUCCAGCAGCACGGCUCUUCUUACUCAGCUCCUAGCAGAAGGAGCAGGCAAAUACGAUACAUCACCAGCCAGCAUUUCAAUACGGCCUGAAGGUGGGUCCUGUACUCCGGUUCGGACGGUUGUCUUUCAGCAGGUCAAGGCAGAACCUAGAUCUUCUGCCAAGGCAGCAAUCCCAAGCACCCAGGCCAGUGCCCUCUCACUGGCCUUGGCUUCUAGUCCUACUAUAGUGGCUAGUAACAAGCCCAAAAUAAGCAACACCCCCAUCAAGAUGUUGUCGAGUGAGCCGCCAAAAACGCAGACUCCCCGGCCUCCCACAGCGGGAUUCUUCACCUCAUCGCUUGCAUCGGUAUUCACAUCCCCUCAGUCAUCCAACAAUGCAACAACGGCUAGCCCCGUAAUCACCAUAGCAACCAGUACCAUUGGUCAGUCGAGCAAACCCAUGCAAAAAAUAGAGCCAGCGAAAGAGCCGCUCGUGUCCUUACCAGCAUUCUCUCUGAGUACCACACCCAUCAACAUCAGUCCGGCACCGAGCCCAAUGUCUGUCAUCGAAGAUAUGGAUAGCAUGAGUGAUGUGAACAUGUCGGCAAAGGAAGAGGAAAGAGGAGGUGGGAAGUUAUCUCAUAUUUCAGCUGAACAGAAGAGGAGAUUCAACAUAAGGUCUGGCUUUGACACUUUGAAUUCAAUGAUCCCGUCCUUGGCCCAGAACUCUAGCGCUAAGAUAAGCAAGGCCAACAUGCUUGUCAAAGGUGUGGAAUACACCAGGAAACUCCAGUCAGACCGGAGGCAUAUGAAGGAAGAGAUCAACAAGCUCAAGCAAGAAAUAGCUGGUUUGCAUACAGACAUCAGUGAGAGCCAAUCACAGCUGCCGGCGAGUGGAGUCCCCGUCACCAGGCAACGGGUCGACAUGAUGCGAGAUGUGUUUGAUGAAUAUGUUAGAGAGAGAACCACGCACAACUGGAAGUUCUGGAUUUUCAGCAUUAUUAUCCGACCUCUGUUUGAGUCAUUCAACAGCACGGUGUCAACAUCAAGUAAUGAGGAGUUAACAAGAUCUGUCCGGUCUUGGCUCGAUCAGCACUGCUCCCUCCUAACUCUUCGACCCACCGUUUUGUCUUCAUUGACCCUCCUCAGUCGGACCACGUCCAUCCUGUCUGACCCCACCCAGAUCCCUCAGCAGGCCAUUGAUGCGGUCACUCGCAAGGAUGAUGAAGUGGACUAGCUUGGGGCAUUGUGAAUGGUCAAACCAUUAAGCGAAAUGCAACAGACUGGAAGAUAUUUAUGUGUUGGUGUGGAUGAUGUGGAUGACUUUGAGGUAAAUGGACAUCCUCAACACCGAAACCCAUAAACAGACAUGCCUCAGAGCCCUUAAAGGAAACAUUUAACAUGCCAGAACGAUAUUUUUGCUGUGGUAAUGAUCAGAGAAAGAUGUGAAAGACCUUGAGGCACUUGGACAUCAGCAACGGUAGACCUUCCAAAAACUGAUGUGAUGGACGAUGAUAAAUUACCAUGCUCUUGUCAUUGAGGCAUGAAUUCAAGGCACUGGGAUAUUGAUGUUGGAACCGUUGAGGAGCCACGUUACGGACUUUGAAAUAUGUCUGUGCUGUUGUUGAUCUUGGAGUUGACUGAAUGUAUGGUGUCCACCUUAGAAGUCAUACAUGAGAAAAGAAAGAUGAACAAAAUUUGACCGACCGUCAAAGAGUUUGUGUACCAUCGAGUCUGGCAAUAUAUUGUGCAUGUCUCAUGUUGCCAUUGGAAUGUUUGUGCUAUUUCCUGAUAUUCAUGUGUUUAGAAUUACAAACCUGUGUUGGGGGGGGGGGGGGGUGGGUGGGGUAGGGUGAGGCUUAUUGAAUAUAUCCUUAUUUCAUGGCAUAGCAUGCUAAAUAGGGUAAAUAUGUGCAAAUUGUGCUAUUUGCAUUCGUAGUACAGAUAUUUGUCCUUUGCAGUAUUUUAAAUUCAUUUAACACACUGCUUUGUUUGAUUAAUACACCAAUAGGCAACAUUGAACAGCAUAAUCAUAUCAUGUUUUAUAAAAACUUCACACAAAACUCAUAUUUCUGAUCUUUAUUCUCUAGUUAUACCUUCUAAACACAACAUGAAAACAUGUUAUGAAGUCGCAUUACAAUAUAACUCUGAAAUUAUAAAUGAAAAUCGAAAAUCAACAAAUGUUUUAUAUAAAUUUCACUCUGUGAAUGAUUUUAUAAGUUGCAGCUGAUGAGUAGAUAAUAUACUAUUAUUAUUAUUAUGUAACGAUAAAAGGUUAAAAGUGUAGAGCUUAUAUGCAGUGGUUGGUCAGCAAUUCAAAGACUAUGUUAGACUUUUGGAUAGAUGUAUUUUUAUAAAGAGAUUUUUUAACUAAUUUGAUAAUAAGUAAUAAGGAUGAUUAUAGCGUGAUGGUAGGAUGCCCAAGAUCUAGAUUUGGACUCCUUACGUUUCUGCAUAGGGCUAAAUGCUUGAUUUCAGUCUGGACCCCCAAGGACAAUAGUUAGUGUGGAGUCCUGGUCUGUGGUUUGAAAAGUAAAAUUUCAUCUUGUUGACCUUCGUAAUCUUGACAGAUGCCUGCAACAUAUGGUCUGUGGUAAUUUCCUACGCUAUCCGAUUCCUGAUUUCAACCCUAGACCUAACACGUUACCUUACCCUACCUUAUGCUAUGGUCACAUUACCCAAAAGUAGCCUGCUCGGCGGCCGAGCGGCGAGUUUUUAACUAAUUCUGCCC